CUACGGCAAAGGGAGGAGCUAAGCUAAGCUAGUCCAGCCCGUGUGUGUAUUUUGGGAAUAAAACCACGUCGGGCCGAGUGCGUAAAUCGGGAAGAAAGUUUGGUGAAGUUUCGCGGGGAGAGCGAAAAGGGAACGAAGCGAGGAGCAGGACGGGAAUCCUCAUCCGCACGCCCACCCUUCAAUAAUCUUCCAUAUAUCUCCAGCUCCCAGAAUGCCCAAAUUGUCCCUGGUCGCGUUGCUCAAAAGUUGCCCCGGUGGACCCUAGUUCGGUUCGGACGGCCCACAGGGAGUGCUGGUGGGGUCCAUCCAGGAGUUGGAGUUGCCUCGCCGUAGGAUGGGCAGGGAUGGGGGAAUAAAACUAGGUGGGGGUCGGUUUCUAGGGUUUUGUUCGCUCUCGCCUUUUGGUGUGGCUAAGUGAUUUGUUAUUUGGCAGGCGAGAGGAGGGAAAGGGAAAAGAUGUGAGCUUUUUCGAAGCGGGGAGGAGGACGGAGGCCGAGAUGGAUUCUCAGAAACAGGAGAAGGAGGACGACGACGACCGCCGGAGAACCGACCUGAGAAUGGCCGGAGGCGGCAGCGGCGGAGGAGGUGGUGGUGGCGGCGGGACGGCAGUGCCGCCCCCAGCCGCCAUACCGGUCCACCGGGUGAUAAUCCCCAAACCGGAGCCGAUCGAGAUGAUGGGUGGCUUCCAGAUACUACGGCGGCCGACCGGGCGGACCAAGGACCGGCACACGAAGGUGGAAGGUCGCGGCCGGAGGAUCCGGAUGCCGGCCGCCUGCGCCGCCCGGAUCUUUCAGUUGACCCGCGAGCUCGGCCACAAGUCCGAUGGCGAGACCAUCCGGUGGCUCCUCCAGCACGCGGAGCCAGCGAUCAUCGCCGCCACAGGCACCGGCACGGUCCCCGCCAUCGCCACCAACGUCGGCGGGACCCUCAAGAUCCCGACCAGGCACGUCGACGGCCCCACUGACCUCCACAUCCUCCCCCGCGCGGACGCCACCGGGGAGGACGCCGGCAGGAAGAGGCGGCGAAAGCUCCAGCCCUCCCGCGCAGCGGGGCCCGGCGUAACCGCCGCCGCCUCAGCCUACUACCCGUCCAGGACCCCGCUGCUCCCGGGCGGCGGCGCAAUAUCCAUAUCCACGGGGCUGGCCCCCAUCGGGGCGGCGCAGGGAAUGGUGCCGAUGUGGGCUGCCGCUGCUGGCGGCAGAUUGAUACCGCCGGGCGCGCUGUGGAUGAUCCCGCCACCCUCCGCCAUCGCGGGGCCGUCGAACCAGCCUCAGCUUUGGACUUUCCCGCAGGGGCCCGCAGAUCAUCAACCUGGCAACAGCUCGGCCCAUCCCGGCCCUACCCGCCCCCGCGUCCGCGGAGCCGCCGUCGUCCGCUGCUGUGGGCGGAGGUUCCGCGGCGAGCGCGCCGUCGGCCAGACAAGAUAAGGCGGAGCUCCAACUGAUGGGCGAGUCCGGCGAGCAACACCAUCGCCAGGAUCAAAGUCAGGAGCAAAAAGAGAAUGAAGAGGUGGAGGAGGAAGAAGAGGAGGAGGAGGAGGAGCUCUCUGAGAGCAGUCCCGAAGAUUGGAAUUCUUUUCGGACAUAGAGAACUUCUCCCCCUUCUUCUUCUUCUCUCUCUUUUUUCAUUUUUUUUUUGCUUCGUAUUUGCUGUUGAACUUAAGUUAACUUGGUCUGUAGUUCGGGGAAGCACGGCGGCCAUGGACCAUAGCCGGCCAUCUCUCUGUAUCGGUCGGCACGUGCCGCACCUGCGAGAUUCGUGUUCUCCAACUUCUACUCAGCUGCUUUUUAUCUCGUGUGGGGGUGGUGGUCCCCGUGUUAGAGUUAGGGUCAAACAGCUGAGAGGGUGGGAAGGUGGGUGGUUGCACCGUGAGCCGUGCAGGGGAAGGGGAGGGUCGGUGGGCCACCACCCUGUCCGUCAUGUGAGGCGGGUGGGCGCGGGCCCAAGGGCGUGAGGAGGAGCUGUGGCCUGUGGGGCGGGCCCCGCGCGUCCUCCGGGAUGACGCGUGGUGGUCCCCCGCGGCACCGGGAGGGUGGAGGACGACGGCGGAAGGCCACGAUAAAGGUGGAGCCUUUUGUUUGUUGGGUGGUGGGGCCCAAAGAGGGGUGUGUGUGGGGUGGGUACACGGGUACACGCGUCCGGUGCUGGGUGGAGUCGGGGAGUUCGGUGGGGCGGGGGACCGGGUCGCCGGCGGUCGAUACUGGAUGCGGUGACGUGGACACGGAGCAUCCUCUAGUUUGCAGUCCUUCAAAAAGGUCCCACGUCUCUCGGUUGCCUACUGUUGUUUCUAAUUGCAUGACUGAUGAGGAUAUGUUUUCUCUUCUAAUCAUAUGUAUCACUUAGAAUUAGCGUUUAGACUUGUAAUUAUUUUUUUUUCUCUCAGCUAAUCACAAGCUCUGUACGGUCUUUUGUAGUGUGGUGGUGGGAUCUUUAUGUUGUUUUCACUUUAGUUAUCUCCAUUUGUGCUUUUCGUGGGAUCAGAUUUUGAGACAUUAGAUGGCUGAAUUAUAAUUGGACGA